AUGAAUGUUUUGGGAGACCAAAAUCAAGGAGCAGUUUUUCUACGUGAAUUUACAUUGAUUCGGAGAGAAAGUCUUCACGAUGAUUUCCUAUCUGAUUUGCUGAAUAACCACAAAACAGAAGACCCGAGCUCCAGAACAGCUCGCUCUGAGGAGGACCGGGACUCGCUGUGGGAUGCGUGGGGCUCGUGGAGCGAAUGCUCGCGCACCUGCGGAGGAGGCGCCUCGUACUCACUGCGACGCUGCCUGAGCAGCAAGACCUGUGAAGGGCGGAACAUCCGGUACAGGACGUGCAGCAAUGUGGACUGCCCACCAGAAGCAGGUGAUUUUCGUGCCCAGCAGUGCUCUGCUCACAACGAUGUCAAGUACCAAGGGCAGUUGUACGAGUGGCUCCCCGUCUCUAAUGACCCUGACAACCCGUGCUCACUCAAGUGCCAAGCCAGAGGAACGGCUCUGGUUGUGGAGCUGGCGCCAAAAGUUCUGGAUGGGACACGGUGCUACACUGAAUCCCUGGACAUGUGCAUCAGUGGCUUGUGCCAAAUUGUUGGCUGUGACCACCAGCUGGGAAGUGCUGUCAAGGAAGAUAACUGUGGGGUCUGCAAUGGAGAUGGGUCCACCUGCCGGCUGGUUCGAGGCCAGUAUAAGUCCCAGCUCUCUGCAAGUAAACUGGACGAUACAGUGGUUGCUAUUCCCUAUGGAAGUAGACAAAUUCGCCUCGUGCUGAAAGGACCUGAUCAUUUAUAUUUGGAAACUAAGACUCUCCAAGGUGUGAAGAGUGAAAACAGCCUCAGCACCACUGGCUCCUUCCUUGUAGAAAAUUCUAGCAUUGAUUUCCAGAAGUUUUCUGACAAGGAGAUCUUAAGAAUAUCUGGGCCUCUCACUGCAGACUUUACUAUCAAGAUCCAUUAUGCUGGUGCUGCUGACAGUUCAGUCCAGUUCAUCUUCUACCAGCCAAUCAUUCACAGAUGGAGGGAAACUGAUUUUUUCCCUUGUUCAGCAUCCUGUGGUGGAGGUUAUCAGCUGACAUCUGCUGAGUGCUUUGAUCUGAGAAGCAAUCGGGUAGUAGCAGAUCAGUACUGUCACUAUUACCCUGAAAAUAUCAAGCCAAAGCCAAAACUUCAAGAGUGUAAUCUGGAUCCUUGUCCUGCAAGUGAUGGAUACAAGCAGAUCAUGCCCUAUGACCUCUACCAUCCCCUUCCUCGAUGGGAAAGUACACCCUGGACUGCCUGUUCCUCAUCCUGUGGAGGGGGCAUUCAAAGCCGCAGUGUCUCCUGUGUGGAGGAAGACAUUCAGGGGCACAUCAGCCCCGUGGAAGAAUGGAAAUGCAUGUAUACGCCAAAGAUGCCUGUUGUCCAGCCUUGCAAUAUAUUUGACUGUCCAAAGUGGCUUGCUCAAGAAUGGUCCCCGUGCACUGUGACCUGUGGACAAGGACUCAGAUACCGUGUGGUCCUCUGCAUUGACCACAGGGGGAUGCAUACAGGAGGCUGCAGUACUAAAACAAAGCCACACAUAAAAGAAGAAUGUGUUGUACCCACUCCUUGCUACAAGCCCAAAGAGAAACUUCCUGUGGAAGCAAAGUUGCCGUGGUAUAAGCAGGCUCAAGAGCUGGAGGAAGGGACAGCUGUAUCUGAAGAACCCUCGUUUAUUCCUGAGGCAUGGUCCACCUGUAGUGUCACCUGUGGAGUAGGCAGCCAGAUGCGGCUUGUGAAAUGCCAAGUGCUCCUCUCUUUCUCUCAGUCUGUGGCAGAUCUGCCCAUGGAUGAGUGUGAAGGUCCCAAACCCGUGUCUCACAGAGCCUGUUACACUGGUGCCUGCAGCGGGGAGGCAGCGGAAUACACACCAGAGGAGACUCAGCUUUUGUCUGGCAGCCUGCAGGAGCUCGAUGAGCUCUAUGACUGGGAGUAUGAAGGCUUUACAGAGUGCUCAGAGUCCUGUGGAGGAGGUGUCCAGGAGGCUGUGGUGACCUGUCUGAACAAACAGACUAGGGAGAUUGCAGAUGAAACACUGUGUGUUAGCAGCCGUCGUCCUCCACAGCUGCUGAAGUCCUGUAGCCUGGACCCCUGCCCCCCAAGAUGGGAGAUUGGGAAUUGGAGCACUUGCAGUCUUACCUGUGGGGUUGGUUUGCAGACACGAGAUGUCUUCUGUUUUCAUCUACUAUCAAGAGAGACCAAUGAGACUGUGAUUUUGGCAGAUGAAUUGUGCUCUAAACCCAAGCCAUCCCUUGUGCAAGCCUGUAAUCGCUUUGACUGCCCACCCUCCUGGUAUCCUACAGAAUGGCAAGAGUGUUCACAGACCUGUGGUGGUGGUGUCCAGAAGCGAGAUACACUUUGUAAGCAGCGCCUGGCCGAUGGAAGCCUGUUAGAGCUGCCAGAAACCUUCUGCCCCACACCAAGGACCAUUACACAACAAGCCUGCAAAAAUGAGGAUUGUCCCAAUGAAUGGCUUCUCUCUGACUGGACACAGUGUUCAGUGAGCUGUGGAGAAGGCACACAGAGUCGAAAUGCUAUUUGCAGAAAGAUGCUGAAAACCGGGGGCUUUGUUAUCAUCAAUUCCUCACUCUGCCUCCCUUUGCCAUUCUCAUCCUUGAUCAGGCCCUGUUCACUAGGCCCCUGUGCACGGCACAACAGACCAGCUCAUAAGCAAAGCCCCUAUAUAAUGGCUGUAAAGCAAGUUUACAUCCAGACAAGGAAGCAGAAGAAACUGCACUUCAUUGUGGGUGGAUAUGCCUACCUGCUGCCCAAAACUUCUGUUAUUCUCCGAUGCCCUACCAGGAGAUUCCGGAAAUCAAUGAUCACUUGGGAGAAGGAUGAUAAGAGGCUUGUCAGUUCAGCUCACAUCACCAUUGCACCCUUCGGGUACAUGAAAAUCCAUCAUCUGAAACCUUCAGACACUGGGACAUACACCUGCACAGCAGGGCCAGCCCGGGAGCAUUUCAUAAUUAAACUGAUUGGAAGCAACAAAAAGAUCAUUGCUGAGCAGCCAGCUGGUAUUAGGGAGGAAGAGGCCAUGAGAAAGGCUGGCUUAAACGAUGCCUUGAGAACAGAGGAUAAACAUCUCAAUGGGAUUUUCUUCAAUGGCAGCAAGGCUGAAAAACGAGGGCACCUUGCUAACCCCAGCAGAUGGUAUGACAAUAUUGUCUCGAGGCUGCUACAGCUCAAGGGCUGGCCAGCAGAAAGUCUGGAGUCCUGGGAAGCCCAGGAGUCUGUGGAGAGAAAUGCAUCCUCAGAACAGGACCAGAGCCAGGAGCAUAGCUUGCCAUUUACUGUGGUCACAGAGCAGAAACGCUUGGAUGAUAUCAUAAGAAAUUUGUCUCGACAGCCUGAGGAGCUUAAAGAUAUCUACACUGAAUAUCUUGUUGUGCACCUGGCUCAUGAGGCUUUCAGGAGCUACUUGGACCAUCAGGAAUCUGUCCUCAAAGCACCAAGGCGAAAAGUUGAUUCAGCCUCAGUGGAGUACCCUUUCCACAGACGUGUUUCUGGAUUUACCAGCUCCCUGAGGACAUCAUCUGCUGAAACAUUUAUUCCCACUUCUGUAGACCUGGCCAAUGGUUUGCACAGGCCUCAUCAAAAGCCUGCCAUCCUCCGAAAGAUUUCAGCAGCACAACAACUUUCUGCUUCAGAGGUUGUCACCCACCUGGGACAGACAGUGGUCCUAGCAAGUGGCACACUGAGUGUGCUGCUUCACUGUGAAGCAGUGGGAAACCCAAAGCCCACCAUCAGCUGGGCUAAGAAUGGAGAGGAAGUGAAAUACAAUGAUAGAUUGCUCCUUCAGCCUGAUGACUCCCUGCAGAUUCUAGCGCCUGUGGAAGCUGAUGUGGGUUUCUAUGCUUGCAAUGCAUCCAAUGCCCUGGGAUCUGACUCUGUCUCCAUUGCUGUCACAUUAGCAGGAAAGCCACUGAUAAAGGCAUCAAGAGCUACCAUGAUCAACACUGAAUCACCUGCUGUCACUGUUGAUAUUGGAAGCAUGCUGAAAACAAUCCAGAAAGCAAAUGUUAGCAUUAACUGCCAGGUUGCAGGUGUUCCUGAAGCAAAAGUUACGUGGUUUAAGAACAAGGUCAAGCUGUCCUCUACUCAUCAUCUGCAUAAUGGGUUGCUGUUAAUAGCAAAUGUUUCUCUAUCAGAUCAAGGUUUAUACUCCUGCAAGGCAUCCAAUCCCCACGGGGAAGUAACUGAAAGCUCCCAGCUGUUGGUUCUUGAGCCUCCACGACCUCUUCCUUACCUAGAAGACUUGACAACAGUGCUUAGCAGUGCUGGGCCCAGCACCCAUUCAGUGCUGACUUCUCCUUCAGGAACAAAACUGACUGUCAGUCCAGGGAGCUCUGCUCUCAUAGGUUGUGCUGUCGAUGGGCAUCCAACCCCAAACAUCACCUGGCUUUACUCUGGUGCGCCUCUCAGCCUGCGACAUCAACUCCUGGCAGCAGGACGGAUUCUCCAUAUACUCAAUGUCAGUGAUUUCACCGAUGGUGAAUUCAGCUGCCUUGCUCAGAAUGAGGCUGGCUCACUCACACAAGUAAUGACCCUGGCUAUACAAGAGUACCAGUGGUCGGUGGACAGACUGACGCCUUGUUCAGCUACCUGUGGCCACAGAGGGCUGCAGCUGCCCCAGCUGAGGUGCCUGCUGGAUGGGGCUGAGGUCAACACAUCCUACUGCAGAGAGACCCCCCAGCCAUCUCUGCAGCCCCUCGCGUGCAACAGGAGAGACUGCCCUUCACGGUGGAUGGUGACAUCCUGGUCUCCUUGCACACGGAGCUGCGGUGGAGGCUUGCAGACACGGCGAGUGACGUGCCAGCGCCUGACGGCCAAAGGCAGCUCCGUCCCAGUGCCCAACGAGGCCUGUGCCCAGGCGUCCAAGCGCCCUGUGGACACACAGAGCUGCAACAGGCAGCCCUGUGUUGAGUGGGCAGCCUCCUCCUGGGGCCAGUGUAAUGGGCCUUGCAUUGGACCACGACUGGCUGUACAGCACCGGCAGAUAUUUUGCCAGACCAAGGAUGGGACUUCUGUGUCAUCUGAUCAAUGCAGUUCCUUACCAAGGCCAUUGAGCACCCAGAACUGCUGGACAGAUGCCUGUGGCGUGCACUGGAGGGUCAGCCUCUGGACCGUCUGCACGGCCACGUGCGGCAACUACGGCUUCCAGUCGCGGCGCGUGGACUGCGUGCACAUCCGCACCAACAGGCCCGUCAUGGAGCACCACUGCUCCUGGAGGCCCAGACCAGCAAACUGGCAGCGCUGCAACAUCAAACCCUGUGAAAACGUGGAAUGCAGAGACACCACAAGGUACUGUGAGAAAGUGAAGCAGCUCAAACUCUGCCAGCUCACCCAAUUUAAGUCACGUUGCUGUGGGACUUGUGGAAAAUCUUGAAGACAGAUGAGAUGAAAAUGGAGGAACAAGGGGAUCACAGCCUUUUCUUCAUCACUGAGCAAAAGGCUUUUGCAGAAAAUACAGAUGGAUGGAAUGAUCUUUUUCAUUUUAUUUAUUUAUUUCCCUUUAAAAAAAAAAACAACAAAAACCUUUAACAAAUCAUUGUUGUAAAGGGACUUGACAAGUUUACCCUACUAUGAAUCUGGGAGACAGAAUGCAGACAGACAUGGUCAUGAGGGUAGACCACAGAGUCAGAGAGACCCAUGACACCAAGAAAUGGGUAUGAGAGGAGUGGGGCUUCCCCUCAAUCUGUGUACAUGCCUGCAGGACACACCAAGAGAUAGGAGAGGAAAAGGAUCACUGUCAAAACCUAGCAUCAUAUUACAGAAUCACAGAAUCAUAAAGGUCCAGGGAGACCUUCAAGUUUAUCUAGUCCAGCCAUUAACAGCACUACCAUACCCACUCCUAAACUAUCCCUGGGUGCCACAUCCAGACUCUUCUUGGACACUGCCGGAGAUGGUGACUCCACCACCUCCCUGGACAACUUAAUCCAAUGCCCAGACAGUUUUUCAGUGAAUAUUUUUUUUUAAUAUCUAGUCUGAGCCUCCCCUUCUCAAUUUGAGGCCAUUUCUCCUCAUCCUAGCAUUUGAAAUGUGGCAGAAGAGGCUGACUCCCCCUCAUUACAACCUCCUUUCAGGCAGUUGUAGAGAGCCACCUGGUCACCCCUGAGCCUGCUCCCAGCUAAACAGCCCCAGCUGCCUCAGUUUUUCCUUAUGGGAUGUGUCUUUUAGAUCUUUCACCAGCUCCGUAGCCCUUCUCUGGAUAUGCUCCAGCACCUCAAUGUCUGUCCUGCAGUGAGGGCACCAGAACUGAGCACAGGAUCUGAGGUGUGGCCUCACCAGUGCCAAGUACAGGGGGACAAUCCCUGCCCUGCUCCUGCUGGCCGUACUGCUGCUGAUACAGGUCAGGAUGCCAUUAGCAACCUUGGCCACCUGGGCACUGCUGGCUCACAUUUAGUCAGAUGUUGACCAGCACCCCCAGGUCUUUUUCUGCUGAGCAGCUCUCAUCCCUCUUAGACUACCUUGAGAACACAAGCACAUGAGUUUGCUUUAUAAACUUAGUUGUUACAUCCAAGAUUGGAAGCCUUUUUAAUUUCUAAACCCCUCUCUCCUUCCUACACCAGGCAAGGGACAUCCUUGUGAUCUUUGAGGAUCUGGUGUCUGGAGAAGUUGAACAAUGUUCUGGAACAAAAGUGGGUCUGAAAUACACCUGAAAGUGUUUCCAGUUUGAGCUUGUGAGGGAGGAUUGGGGACUUAAGUGUUGUGCUCAGCACAGAGGUGUGGUGGUGAUGUAAAUAAUUAACCAGCAAAAGGAGAACAAGUAUGAUGACAGACUUAAGUACAGACCUGCAGACACUGUUCCCUAGAGAGCAUAGGCAGGAAAGAAAGAAAUUAUAUGUGAUAAACAAGAGACACUUUGCAUACUGCAUCCUACUAACACUUAUUUAGAAAAAAGGUCCUUUACUUCCCAAAGUUCUGGUACUUUCACACCUGGGGUUUUGGAAAA